CACACUCAUUCAAGAUGACUGUCCAAAUUGAAGAAUUCCUACCGACCCAUACCACUACCCCUGUAGCGGGAUACAUCCCAUCUAGGGUGUUGGCUAUCAUCGCAAUGGUUUUAUAUGGUUUAUUAGCUAUCGCCUUGUGGUACCGCUUCUUCACUCAAGGAAGACAUAAAUGGAUGUUAAGCGUCACCAUCGGAGCUACCACCAUGGCUAUAGGUUUCGCCAUUCGUAUAGCCGUUCACACCAACGCCUAUAGUACAGGAAUAUACAUCGCUACAUAUCUUUUCACUUUAUUAUCCCCAUGCGCAUACUUAGCUCAAGAUUAUGUAAUCUUACCAAGAGUAGCUUCGUAUUUACAAUCUGAAGAUUCUUUAUUUUUAUCUUCUAGGAAAAUCGUUAGGAUCUUCGUAUGGAGUGAUGUAGCAACUUUCUUGACACAAGCUGCUGGAGGUAGUUUGGAAUUAUCAGAUUCUGAUGAUCCUAGCAAGAGGAAUCUUAUUACUAUUGGGAAAGAUAUCACUUUGGUCGGUCUAGGAGCACAAUUGGCUUCUUUCUUGCUGUUCACCACUUUGGCUCUCGUCUUUACCUUCAGGAUGCGGAAACGCGAUGCAGCUGGCGACCCUAGACUUCCACCUAAAGAAGGAUGGAGAAACGAUUGGAGAUUAGUUCUUUACGUUUUACUCUGGACUACUAUCGGUAUUCUUAUCCGUUCAGCUUACCGUGUGGCCGAGUACGCUUCAGGCCGUUUCGGGUAUCUCAUGACUCACGAGUGGCCGUUUUAUGCGCUCGAUUCGCUGCCUCUUUUCCUAGCUAUUCUCCCCUGGGCAGUGGUUUGGCCGCCUCAGCACUUAUCCCUCGGAAAUGGACAUGAAGUGAUCGAAGGAACGAAUGGGAAUGGUGUGGAGAUGAUGCCUUCUUAUGGUGGAUCCGGUGUUAAGGUGUGAACCUGGUGUUUCUCACUGGUCUUCCUUCCCACAAGUCCCUUGCCGACUUCUUUGAAUCCACACGAUAUCCAACAUCACAUGUCGACCUUCCCCCCAUCCGUUGACUCCCGAUUCCUCGUCAUCUUCCGGACUUCCAUUCCUCGCCCUCUAUGUUCGACACUUUGACUUUUGAUCCGCUCAUGGGAUGUGUGUCGUCAGUGGAUUAUCAGAUAGGUAUCUUCGAAAAGUAAUGUUGCAAAUGUAAAAGUAUAUAUAGAAGAUAGAAAUGUCACAAUAUGUUUU